AUGGUCAAAUCUAGAGGUAUUGACAUCGCUUUAGAUCUUCGUAUAGAUGUUGUUCUUGAUAUUGAUGAUUGCAUUGCAGGUAUAAGUAUUGCUAUUGAUCUUAAUAUUCGAGGUAUUUGUAUUAUUAUUGAUAUCGGGGUUCGUUUUCGUUUUGGCAUUGUUCUUAAUAUUUCAGGUAUUGGUAUUGGUAUUUGCAUUAUUCAUAUUUGUAUUAGCUUUCGUUUAGGCAUUGGUGUCGUUGGUAUUGGUAUUGUUAUGAGUGGUAUUCUUCUGUGUAUUGGUAUCAAUAUUCGUAUUAGUAUUAGAGCCUCGGUCUUGGUCUUGGUCUUGGUCUUGGUUUCGAUUUUGUGUAUUGCUGGUAUUGGUUUUGUUUAUACUGCUAUUGAUGGUAUUGGUCUUGGUACGUUUCUUAGUCUUUUGAUUUAUCAUUGGAUAAACCUAAUGUGA